AUGGAACUUAAAGCUCUUCCUUUGGAAGUCGUGUCAAAAACGACAUUUAUUUUAUCACCAUCAUUAAUCUUGCCUUCCACAGUUCUUUUUAAGUUGCAAAUAUUAACAUCGGAUAAACCUCAUUUAAAAGGUGUUUAUGAAAUUACCGUUCAACAAUCCAAAUAUCUUAUGCAAAAAUCUGCUCUUUUUGAUAAAUUAUCCACCCAAUUUUCUCAAUUGGCCUCGAAAACUUCUUUGAAUUCUAAUACUGUCGAAGAAGCUAAUGGUUUACCAAUGCUUUGUAUAGAAGCUCCAGUACAUGGUGGUUUAGGGAUUGUUAAUGCAACUUUGGACUGGUUAUAUACCUCUGCUGACAUAAAAGAUGUUCUAACUUCUUCGCUGGCUUCGAAUAUUAGUACUUAUCAAGAUUUCUUUUCUUUGCUAAACUUUACAACUUUAUUGGAUCUUUAUGAACCAUUUCGUGGUGCUGUGGAUCAAAUAUUGGUAUAUUACUAUUUUGGAUUAUCAGUAAAAGAAAGGCAAGUUGGUAUAUUAUCUAACGUUAUGUUUGUUGAGGGUGUAAUCCCCGGAAAAUUCAUAAAAAGAUUAGCUGAAUCCGUUAAUGAAAAUGCUGCAAAAGAAAUUUUGGUUUCUUUCUUUAGAGGAAAACAAUUAAAACAAUUAGAGGAUAUGAGCGAAAGUGAAGAGUGGGAGGAAUUGUCACUUGAUGAUGACAAGGGCAAUGAAUCUCCAACUAAACGAGCAAAUAUUUUGGAUUGGAUAAAUUCCACUGCAAUUACUCCAACUACUUCACGUCAUGUCACAUUUUCUGUUCCUAGCACGCCUUUGACUGCGUCUUUAGAUUAUGCGGAACCACCUACCCCAUUAGGGUCGGCGUAUUUCUAUCCCUCAUCAAAUACACCAACAGAUCCUAUUCCUUGCACACUUCCUUAUACUCCUAAAAGCGCAAAAUUUAAACAGAUAAUGUAUACAUCGACGGCGAGUUCUGCACGUGAUUUACGACGCAGUUCUUUGGACGAACAUCCAAAGUCUGUUAAUGAAACUGGAUUUAUUGAACAAAAAUUAACUGUACCAAGUACACCAAACACACCAAGUACACCAAACACACCAAGAACGCCAAACACGUCAAGCACAUUAAACACUCCAAAAACACCGAACACACCAAAUACACCGAAUAAGCUGCUUGCACCACCAAAUACACCAUCAACUCCAGUAGUUCCACCAAAUACCCCUACAACUCUGAAUGUAAAAACGCCUACGACCCCGACAAUUGUCAUUAUGGAUUCAGAUUUUCAGAUUGAAAAAUUUGCUAAAAAAGAUUAUUCAUUUAUUCGUCGUGAAUUAUUUGAAAAUGCAUUAAACAAAAUGCGCAAACGACCUUU